AAGAGAAAUUAUUAUAUGAACGAAUUAUGAAUUACAAACUACAAGAUGUAACGUAUGCAUGGCUGCGUGUGUAGAAGAUAAAAGAGACUUGGAAACAAUGUGUUAUUAAUAAUAAAGGUAUGAAUGAAAAAUGCUAGCAAGUUGCUGAAAUCUCUCACCUCUUUGCUGUUGAUUCGAAUUUUUUUCCCCAUAACAGUUGGACUCAGUGCUGGAUAUUUUCAAAUUUUUAAGCACGCACAACACAAGCACUAACGUGUUGAUAUAAAUCUUACCCCUCAAUAAAGUUGUAUCUUUGUUGUGGAAUCCUGUAUCAUCUUUCAGUGUAUACUGUUCUUGUUUUGGUUAUGGUGUGACACUACUUUGAGAUAGUGAAAAUGUUGAUGUUGAGAAAGUAAUGGUGAACUUGGUGGAUUUGACCAACUAUUGCAUUGAAAUUUGCUCUGUUUUGCAAGAGUUGAGGUAUAUUGCUGUUGUAACUUUUAGUUGCUCUUUUUUGGCAGCCAUACUAGAGGAAAGCAGUCAUGCUCAGCCUAUUGAGGUGCCUAAGGAUAAGCUGCUCGGCGACCUUCUCCCAACCGGAUUUGACGAAAGGUCUUCCCAGAGUCGGAUAACUACUUUGUUCCAUUCCUUUUCCUGAUGCCCUCGUUUCGGCAGGAGCUCCACAGUCUCUUCCCAGAAAAGGAGACUGUGUUCCACUUUUUAGGGCGUUAUCUCUUCCACCCGACUAAUGCAGUUUGGGGGCUUAUAAGCCGAUACUAUGAAGCUUAUCUGUCGAAGGCGGAUGUUACAGUAGGAAUCCAAAUAAGGUCAUUUGAUGCUACACCUGAUCCAGUCAUAGUGGAUCAGAUUCUGUCUUGCACAACGAGGGAGAACGUACUCCUGGAGAUGAGCCAGCAGGAAGGAGGCGCCAACUCAUCCAUUAAGCAGAAGAAGAAGGUAUCCGUGCUGAUCACAUCUCUGAGCUCUGGCUACUUCGAACAAAUAAGAGACCUGUACUGGGAGAAUCCAACCACGACUGGGGAGGUGGUUGCAGUGUUCCAACCGAGUAAUGAAAGGUAUCAGCAGUCGGAGAAGCAGAACCACAACCGGAAGGCAUGGACAGAGAUUUACCUGCUGAGCCUAACCGACAAACUGGUGACGAGUUCUUCGUCGACAUUUGGUUAUGUAGCUCAAGGGCUUCGAGGGGUAAGGCCGUGGAUACUGUCUGAGACUGAGAACCAAACAGCACCAGAUCCACCAUGUAGACGAGUCAUGUCGAUGGAGCCAUGCUUCCAUUCUCCCGCAUUCUUCAACUGCAAAACGAAGAGAGGAAUCGAUCCAGGCGCUGUUGUGCCUCAUGUUAGGCAUUGUGAAGAUAGGAGCUGGGGUUUGAAGCUAUUUCAAAAUCACAGUAAAUAA